AGUGGCACCAAUAAUGAACCAUGUAGUACUCCAUUCUGUGUUAAAUAACAUGCUGGCCACGUACCAUAAAUCACUGCUUCUGAACCUGUUAUCACUCACAGCCAAAUCACUGUCACCCGUGUAUGUCUAGGCAGCGUGAGUCAUCCAAAUAAUAGGGUAAUAAAAGCAGAUUAUGAGUUUCUCAAAAGGACUCUGGGAAAAAAAUCAAACCGGUGACUGCAACGGCUCUCUACAUUACCACAUGUUAUGGACACACAAACACCGACUCACCCACACACGCGCACACACACACCGACACACUCACGCAGACGAAGCUCACAGUGAUUACUUUGCGCCUCGAGCGCAGGGCAGGGCAUGGAGCAGAAGUGCAGCGCGGGUUAAUAUUUCACGUCGCACUCCGGCCGCGAGGUGUUCAGGAAUGCGCAGGGCGCGCGCUCUGGUUGGCUCGUGCUGAGAACCUAUCGGAAUGCAGCAGGACUGCAUGAAUAGCGGCUGCGGAGUCGCACUUGUGGCAGUUUGUCCAAAGCGUGCCGCCCGAGCCGCCUCUCUCGUGUAGCACGUAACCCUUUGACAACCGGAGCUGUACACCUGCACACGAGAAGCUAUUUGUGUUAUUUUGUGCGUGUGGAUGAAAAAAAAAAAUCAGGGGCGUCAUCCGAACAAUAACCAUUGGAUUGCCACCAAACUGGGAUUUACUCGCUGCUGGUUAAAAUUCGUCUCUUUCACCUUUAACUGAGAUGGCUGUCCAGGCUUGUUAUAUGCAGUUCCCCCCAUGGGGGUUUGAAUUCCAGAACAACCGGCUACCAGAUACCACCAGUUUCCAUCUGCAAGAAUUUAAAGAUGCAGUGGAGAGCUUCAUACCUGAACACCCAGCUCUGCUGCAACCGUGUUUUGAUGCUGUCGGUCUGCAGCUGUCCAGCUGCGACGUGUCCGCCUUUCAAGCCUGCAUCCAGUCUCCUGACUCCGCACAGCAGGAACUCGCCCUGCCGACACCUCUGCACUUCACGCCCCCGGCGCAGCAUGUCCACUGCCAGCCCGCACCGCCUCUACACCCUGAUCACUACUGGAAAGACAUGGCAGACCAGAACCAAAAAGCCCUGGGGGACGCCCUGGAAGUAAAUAACCAGCUUCAUGCUACUUUGAGCCAAAAAGAAGAAGAAAUUGUGUCACUGCAGGAACGAAACGUCCAGCUGAAGGAACUGGCCAACCAGGCUAAACAUCUGGCUUCAGUUCUUGACAGAUUAAUGACCCGGACAAAGAGCACAGAAGAAAAUACAGAUGAUCUGUUUCAGAUCAAAAGCGGCUUAAAACGACGCAGACUAUCAGACCACUAUGAACAACUCCCUGACUGCAUGGAGGUGGAUGAGAUUUUAAGAGACAUCACGGACAAAUGCAACGUGGCCUUACAUGGCGAUGCCAAACAUCCCCGGCUGUGCCUGGACGAGAGGAACAACAGCGGCACGCCGAGCAUAGAAAGGAUUCACAUGUAUGGCGCCUUCAAUGGCCUCCAGACCUCCACAACUCUCAGCACCAGUGAGAUGGAAGAAGGGAUGUCUUUUCGCACAUCCAUUAGGGACCACUGCACCAUCAGAACUUUGGCAUUUCCUCAAGGAAAUGCAUUCACUACAAGAACCAACAAUGGAGGCUACAAAUUUAGAUGGGUUCCCAGUUAGGUGGGGCUUCAGCUAACUACACUGGUCAAGUUAAAUCAUUUUGCACUGCCGCACUUGAUAACUUUUAUAGAAAUGUUGUUUAUACGUGUAUAUGUUUCCUUCAAAUUGCCAUAUCGCUAGAAAAGUGUUAUCUGUUUUAUAAAUAAGAGUUUACAUAAUAUUUGUAUAUAGUUGUUCAUUUUUAUACAGACAGUAACUUAUUUGGUCUAGAGAUGGAUUGCCUAAUGCUAUGUUUAAAACAAUCAAAAUUUCAGAAAGCUAUUCUUAAUGUAUUUAUUAAAGUUGAACUAUUAGUGUAGAACAAGGCAACUCCACGGAGUUUUAUGUUGCAUUGAUGUAUUUUGAAUGUAUUUCAAAUAAGAAAGGCCUUUUAGAUAUCAAAUGAAUAUAUUGUAAAAUUUAUUUCUUGUAAAUAUUUUUUUUUGGAAAAAUACAAUUGAAUAUAAACACCCACCUCAUAAUGAGCGUAAAUAUGAAGA